AUGGUAGAUAAUUACAAUUUUUAUGUUCAUGAAUCAUUGGUGGACAAAGAAAAGCGUGUUGAAGGUCAUGGUCUACAAAAAUUAAAUGAUAAAUUGAUUCAAUUAAAUAAUGAAAAUGAAAAUUCCAAAAUUAGAUCCAUCAAAAGACAAGCAACAUCACAAACUCAAUAUGAUAGUGAAAAUGAAGAUUCAAUUCUUUUUAUAGAUAAUGAAAAUGAAAAUGAUCGAUUUACUAUGGUGAAGAAAAAUCAAAACAACCAAAAACGUAAAAUUCAACGUGGUGAAGAACAACAUGUUUACAAUCUUGAUCAACUUGAUGAGUCAUACAAUAAUGAUAAACAUCGGAAAACAAACAACUAUCGAAUCUAUUCAAGAAGAACGAAAACAAAAGAAAUAGUGGAUGACUCAUCUUAUCAUCACGUGAAUAAAAAAUCAAACAAUUAUCAAGUAAAUUAUCAUCAUCAAAUAAAUCAAAAUGAUAAAACAAAUAUUUCUGUUUAUCCUGUCAAUAAUUACUCUUUAUCUUAUGCUACUGAUCUUCAUCUUACACCAUUGAAAAUAAAAUGUAAUCCAACUUUAUCUGAUAAAAAUGCUGCUUUAAAAUUUGUACAAGAACUAUUUAAAAGAAUCGAAAAUUCUUUUCGAAAAAAAUACACUGAUCAUAAAAAGACAAUUGGAUUCGACUAUUGGUGGAUAAAUAAUGAUGGUGAUCUUGUAGGAAUUACAAAAGAUUUAUCAUUAUACGUUUAUUUAUGUGAUACAAGACAUUACCCUGAUUAUAUUGAUUCAGUUCAACUUAAUCCUAUACUACCUAUUCAUUUACCACCACAACAUGCAGCAGUGAUAAAAUUUGUACCAAAUGAUCAUUCUCUUGUUGAUAUUGAAGAAGAUCUUAGAAAACGUUAUUCAUCUAUUUAUCAUAUUGAAGAAAUGAAUGGGACCAGAAGGUUGCACAGCAGACAUAUUAGAUUAGAUGUAUAUGAUAAAAUUGAAUAUAAUAAUAUAUUAAAUGGUGGUAUAAUUACAUUAGGUGGUAUGCUCUGUGAAGUUGAUGAAUAUUUGCCUGCACCUAAAAUUUUAUUAUGUACGAAAUGUAAUAUUCCUGGACAUACAAAAAAAGUAUGUAGAUUAGAAUAUGAUCGAUGUCGAAGAUGUGGCAAUGAUCGUAGUAAUGGUGAUCAUAAGCAAUGUAUGAUAUUAUGUCACCACUGUGGUGGUGAACAUCAAGCAAAUAAUUAUAAAUGUCCAAUUUUACUCGAAUUUCGUCGGAAUCUCAUUGAAAAAUUGAGAGAAAAUCCAGACAAAUUACCUCCUCAGAUACAAAUGUUCAUUCCUCUUGAUUGUAGACUACGAAAAACGGAAAAAGUUCUAUUCAACGAGAAAAAACCCGUUCAACAAUUUACUUAUACUAAUUCACUUUAUGAAUGGCCAAUUCUUGAUAAACCAUUGAAAAACUGCAGUUAUGACAAACAUUUGAACAAUUUACAAAAUGAACUUGAAGCUCAAAAACAUAAAUACCAACUCGAAAUUGAAAAAAUCAAUAACAAAUUGCUACAAUAUUCAACAAAUAUUCAAAAAUCAUGUAUAAUUAUGCAAACUCAAAUUAAUACACAAAAAGAAAUAAUUGAUUCAACAACAUCAAUUGUAAAUGAUUUAACAUUAAAUAUGAAUACUAAUAUUAUUAACAUUAUUAAUAAUCUAGUACAAUUACUCAAUGAUCUUGCACCACAUGAUCAAAUGAAGAGCAACUUGAGUAAGUUAAAAGAUGAUUUAAAAAUACAACAUCAUUAUAUAGGUGAAAGACAAACAGCAUACAACAACUACACACAAAAUCUUGAAAAACUAUGGCUCAAACAAUCAAAUAGUAUGAUAGAAUUAUUUGACUUAUGUUCAUUCACCUCACACAAUGAUAAGUAA